UUGGUGAGGAACCUUCGUGAUAUCUCGCUAUAUACCUUUUAUUAUUGCUGAAUACCUUGCAAGCAUUAUUGCAAUAUUGCUCUCUCUUGGUCACAUUCUGCGAAUCCAAUCAUUCACUGAUUCAUUUGCUGUUGUUGUGAUCUGUAUCAUAUCAUGGCUGAAGCACUUGUUGUUGGAGCUUUAGUUUCUGGCUUCGCCAAUGUUGUUCUUGACAGGCUCAUUUCACCUGAGUUUGUCAACUUGGUGGUGGGCAAGAAGCUGGACCGGAAGUUGGUUGACAGGCUGAGGACUGCUCUCUUGGCUGCUGAAGCUCUGGUUGCUGACGCCGAGCAGAAGCAGUUUGGAAACGAUCGUGUGAGGAAAUGGCUUGAUGGUCUCAGAGAUGCUCUCUACACUGCUGAUGACUUGCUGGACCGUGUCUUCAUCAAAGCUGAAAUUCGCAGCAAGGUACGCACUCAUCUUCCUAGCUUCCUUAAUUUGUCUGAUAGGAAGAUGGUGACUAAGAUAGAAGAGGUGGUUAAAACAAUAGAAGAUCUUCAGAAACUCAAAGAUACUCUUGGUCUGAGAGAGAUUCCAACUGGAAGCUCUUCAUGGAGACCUCCAUCCACUUCUCUUGUAAAGGGGAAUGUGUACGGCAGGGAUGCUGAUCAACAGGCACUAAUCAAGAUGCUCAAUGACAACAAUCAUCAUAACUUGUCCGUCAGCUCUAUUGUUGGUAUGGGUGGGGUUGGUAAAACAACUUUAGCACAAUGGCUCUACAACAAUAAGGAUUUGAUGGACGGGUUUGAUCUGAAAGCAUGGAUUUGUGUUUCUGAAAAUUUUGAUGUUGUUGAGACUACUAAGAACGUUAUAAAGGGGAUCUCUUCUGGUGUUUGUAGUCUUGAAAGCUUUGAUUUACUUCAACAACAUUUGAAGGAAAAGCUGUCAGAAAAGAAGUUCUUCAUUGUUUUGGACGAUGUUUGGAGUGAAGAUGUUGACAAGUGGAGUAGUUUUGUCACCCCUUUUCAACAUGGGAGAAAAGGAAGCACUAUUCUUCUAACUACCCGCAAGGAAAAUGUUGGUCGAAUAGUCCAACACUAUAACUCUUACACUCUCAAGGAACUGUCAGACGAUUAUUGUUGGUCUAUUUUUGCAGACAAUGCAUCCUUUCCUGAAUCAAAUGGGAGCUCGGAACUGGAAGAAAUAGGUAGAAAGAUUGUCAAGAAGUGUGAUGGCUUGCCGUUAGCUGCAGAAACACUUGGACGCUUGUUGCGCUCAAAGCAUGAUGUUAAGGAGUGGAAUAAAAUUUUACUGAGUGACAUUUGGGAAUUUCCCAUGACGGACAGUAAGGUUGUUCCUGCAUUGUUAAUAAGUUAUUAUCAUCUACCUGCACACUUAAAACGCUGCUUUGUCUAUUGUUCAUUGUAUCCCAAAGAUCAUCAAUAUGAUAAAGAUGAAUUAAUUUUGUUAUGGAUGGCCGAAGAUCUUUUACGACCACCAAAGAGGAGAGAAACUUUAGAAGAAGUUGGUUGCGAGUGUUUUGAUGACUUGGCUUCAAGACUUUUUUUCAAGCAGGUCGAGGGUAAUGAUGAGAAGUAUUUUGUGAUGCAUGAUCUCAUGCAUGACUUGGCAACUUUUCUUGCUGGAGAGUUUUAUUGUAGAUUAUCCGAAGAACUCGAUGAAAAGGAAGAGAUGAGGAUUCUAACUCGUCAUCUGUCAUACAAUCAUUCAAUCUCUCAAAAUACUUCUUAUAAAAUAGAAUCUCUGAGGACAUUGUUGUAUAUCAAUCAUAGUCCUUUUUCAAUCCGGAAAGAAGGCACAGCGUUACCAUAUGGCAUAUUGUCAAAGAAAAAUACCUAAGAGUUUUAUCCUUUGACAAGCUAAGUAUAC